AUGUCGAUCGGAUCCUUGGUGUACCAGAACAUCACUCGGCGAUUCUCCACUCUCUUCCUUGCCGCAUCCUUCGGUGCCUUCUUCAUGAAUUACACGUUUGAUGCCCUCACUGACGCAUACUGGGAUAAGGUAGCCAUUAUCCCUGCAAAUAAGAGGGCCAAUCAAUCAAGGGUUGUUUGUACCAAUGGCGGAAAAGGCGUACAAUUCCAGAAAUGA